AUGGCUCCCCACGCAAACGGCGGCGCCCCUCAGUCCAACGGCACCGCCUCCAGGUACCAUGCCUCCUCCACCGACGGCGCGAUCAAGACCGAGAACGAGUAUGCCGCCCACAACUACCACCCUCUGCCCGUCGUCUUCUCCCGCGCGAGCGGCGUCCACGUCUGGGACCCCGAGGGCCGCCAGUACCUCGACUUCCUCUCCGCCUACAGCGCCGUCAACCAGGGCCAUUGCCACCCGGAGCUCGUCAAGGCUCUGACCGAGCAGGCCGGCCGUCUGACCCUCAGCUCGCGCGCCUUCUACAACGAUGUCUUCCCUAAGUGGGCCGAGAAGAUCCGCGACGUGUUCGGCUACGAUAUGGUCCUGCCCAUGAACACGGGUGCUGAGGCCGUCGAAACCGCCAUCAAGAUUGCGCGCAAGUGGGCUUACAAGGUGAAGGGCGUCGAGCAGGGCAAGGCGCUGGUCUUUUCUGUCAACGACAACUUCCACGGCCGCACGAUGACCGCCAUCUCGCUGUCAAUCGACCCCGAGUCGAGAGACAACUACGGCCCCUACGUUCCCGGUAUUGGCGCCGUGAACCCCUCCACCGGCAAGCCGAUCCGCUACAACAACGUCGCCGAUAUCGAGGAGGUCUUUGAGGCGCACGGCAAGGACACCGCCGCCAUCAUCAUCGAGCCGAUUCAAGGCGAGGCCGGCGUCGUCGUGCCGGACGACGACUACCUCGUCAAGGUCUCGGAGCUGUGCAAGAAGCACAACGUGCUCUUCAUUUGCGACGAGAUCCAGACGGGUAUCGGCCGCACGGGUCGCAUGCUCUGCUCGCAGUGGGCGAACAUCAAGCCGGACAUGGUGACGCUCGGCAAGGCCAUCUCGGGCGGCCUCUACCCCGUCAGCUGCGUCCUGUCCAGCAAGGAGGUGAUGCUCGUCGUGGAGCCCGGCACGCACGGCUCAACAUAUGGCGGCAACCCGCUCGGCUGCGCCGUGUCGAUCCGCGCUCUCGAGAUCAUGGAGGAGGAGGACCUCACCGCCAAGGCCGAGAAGCUCGGCAACAUCUUCAGGGACAGCAUCAGGGCCUUCAACUCGCCCAUCAUUCAGACCGUACGCGGCAAGGGCUUGCUCAACGCAGUUGUGAUUGACGAGUCUGCCGCGAACGGAAGGACGGCGUGGGAUCUGUGCUUGCUGCUGAAGGCGAAGGGCGUUUUGGCCAAGCCCACGCACGGAAACAUCAUUCGCUUCGCGCCGCCUCUCGUCAUCUCCGAGACGGACCUUCGCAAGGCGCUUAAUGUCAUCGGCGAAGCGCUCAAGGAGCUUCCGACCGUUGAGAAGGCCGCCCACCACUGA